AGAAGUUAAAAUCACAACUCCUGUUUAACAUCCAACUCUGUUAGUUUACCCUCAUCUUUUUUUUUUUUUUUCCAGUUUGUCAAGUUUUCUUUGCGUUGCCAUCAAUGUCUGAAGAGGUCACUUAUGCAGAUCUAAAAUUCGAGGACUCCAGUAAGACUGAACAUAUCCAGGAGUUUCACAAAUGUGGGAUAAAAGAGCCUCCUGCUCCUUCCCACAUAUGGCGUCGAAGAGCCUUGGCUCUGAUUCUUCUCUGCCUUCUGCUGCUGAUUGGACUGGGAGUCUUAGGAGGCAUAUUUUAUAUAACUUCGAAGACAGACAUGGGGGAAUUGAAUAAACUACAAGAGUUCAAAGAAGAACUUCAGAGAAAUGUUUCUCUACAACUAAAGCAUAACAUGGAUAGUUUUGAGAAGGUCAGGAACCUCUCGAUCACACUGCAAGAAACAGCCACCAAAUUAUGCCAUGAGCUACAUAGAAAAAACCCAGAGCACAAAUGUAAACCUUGCCCGAAGGAAUGGAUGUGGCAUGACGACAGCUGUUAUUUACGGGUUGAAAGUUAUGAAACAUGGCAGAAGAGUGACGCGAUAUGCUCGAAUCACAAUGCCAGCCUGCUGAGGAUUAAAAACAAAAGUGUACUGGAAUUUAUAAAAUCCAAGAGGUUAUAUGGAUAUUGGCUGGGAUUGUCUCCCAGAAAAGGGAACCCAAACACCAAGCAAUCGGAUACGGCAAUUAUCUCCUCUGACUGGUAUACAAGAAAUACAAAUGGCUUAAAUGAUAAGUUAAAUUGUGGUUACCUACAUUACUCAAAUGUUUAUUACACAUCCUGCACUGAAACACAAAGAAUUAUAUGUGAGAAGUUGGCCAAUUCAGUGAAGAUUGAGAGUGUGCUAACGACUGAAGUGCCAGGUGGAAGGACGUAGUGAGUUGCAAUUAUUUUGCCCAGCUACUAUCCUGAGAUUAAAGGCAACUUUAGGGAGCAUACAUCUUGUGGACCACACAGACGACUGCAGUGAGAUUACAUUUCUGCCUCUCUCACAAUUUAUAUUUUCAAACUUUCUCCUUUCUCCUCAUUUGCUGAGUGAAUAAAAUCUAAACUCCUAACUAAAGUUACACCUUAUUAUCCAGCCCAGAUACUGUUGAGCAUAAAUACAGUGUUUUGGGUGAGAAUACAGAAAACUGAAGCUAAUUUUUCCUGCUUUUCCAGAAAUAAGGUAAAUACCAACCUUACAGAAAAUUGAAGAAAUUAUGCAUCAAUCAUAUUUCUAUAUGUUAGCAGUGAGCAAUGCAAAAUAAAAUUUAUAAAGCAAUAUCAUUGAUAAUGGCAUCCAAAACAAAAUAGUAAUAAAUAUAACAAUAAAAAUGUGGAAAACCUC